AAAUCCACGUGUGGAUGAUAUGAAUCACGAUGACGACGAUGAUGAUCCAUACUACCAUCAAUCCACGUCAUCAUCGGAGGUUGCAGAACCUUCCACGUCGUCUGCGGUCUAUCCAGAAGUUUACAGUCAGAAAAUGAUACCUGGCACUGGUGGACCGACGAUUCCCGGCGCGGCGAAUACUCUUCCCUGCAUUGUACAAGCCGAUCAAAUGAAUGCCUUUAUGGAUUCCUACUUUGGAGAUGCUUUUAUGAACACUGCAGAACCUUCAAAACCACAAAACCUUCUAAAUUCUCUUCAUUCUUCAAAAUCGCAGGCCGAGGAAGACUUGGAGACCCUGAUGAAGGAAACUGAUGAUAUGCAAGAUAUUCAGGAUCAGAUUCAUAUGGAACAAAUCGAAAUGGCCGACAAAUAUCGAGAAGAACGUUCGAAACAGAAACGGGCGGCCGCGGCGAGGUCUCGAUAUCAACGGAUGACGGAAAAUGAGCGGAGGGUCUAUAAUCAUCGACGGCGUCUGAAACAACUCGGCGUGGAUCCAGAGCAUGGAACGAAUGAUGUGGAGGGGGUACGGACACAGAUGAAGCAGGCGAAUGCGAAGAAGGCAGAAGCCGCGAGGCAGCGAUACCACCGAAUGACGCCCGAACAAAAACGCGACUAUAACCAUCGAAGAACCGAAGCAUUCCGGCGACGACGUCACGAAGAAGAGCUUCUACUCUCCACACCGGCCGGCCGGAUUUCACAGGAGGCCCUGGAAAAAGCGCAGCAAAUAAUGAUACGAAACGCGCGGAAAGCCGAAUCCGCGAGACUGAGAUAUCAGAGAAUGACGCCUGAUGAGCGGAAGUCGUAUAAUAUGAAACGGGCGGCGGCAAAGAAAACGCGGAAAGAGGAAGAGGAGAAGCCGGAUGAUAUGGAGCAUUAUGGGGAUAAUGAAGAGCAUUUAAUGGAUAGUAGUGGGACGGAUUUUUUGGAUGAGCAGCAAGAGGUUAAGCUGCUUGAAGACAUAUCCUCCUCCAACACAAUCGUUCCCCAUCACCAACUCCAUCAUCCGGCUGCCGCCGAAGUCAUGGAGGCACCGAACAACGAAAUAUGCCAGGAGCACAUGCUUGACGUGAUAAAUCAGGUGGCUCAUCCACCAAACGAACUCGGUAUAUUCACGCGGAUGGAGAACGAUGUGCUCCGGCGAACCAAAAAAGCCAAUGCCACCAUUCAGAAAAACCAUCAUCAUAUACCACAUAACGCAAUCGUCGGCGGAAUACAGUACGAUAUGACACAACAAAUGACAACAGAUGAUCCAUAUAAUAACCUAUCAACAAUAAAUGAACCAUCUUCAUCAUCUCUACCCCCACCACAACAACCAUCAACAUCAUCCACAACUGAACCGGUUCCGCCGAGCCGAGUAAUUGACGAGCAGACCCUACAUGAUAUUGUUAGAAGUGGAAUGGAUGUUAAUGGGAGAGCUGUCGAGAUUCGGACGGUUGAUGGGCAGAGAAUUACUUGUAUUCAGGAUUUAUUAAAUGUAUCCCAUGGCCAAACAGUGCUCAUAACGGAACGCGUUGAAACUUCCAAAAUACCCCGUCUCGUACAACCACCCCCACCACCACCACCUCAAAUAGUUGAAGCAGUCACUCAGGAUUGGCAUGUUGGAUCCUCCACGUCAUCAAUUCCACCGCAUUAUACGCACCACCAUCCCACUGCAGAAGACAUGGAUUAUGAUGAUAUUGGUGAAGAAGCUCUAACCCAAGACGAAAUAAAGCUAAAAUGUCUGAAAGCACGGCGAGCCGAGCGAGCAAGAGCCCGAUAUCAUCGAAUGUCAGAGGAGAAGCGUCGAGAACAGAAUGCUCGACGGGCCCUGAUGCUCCGAAAAGCCCGUGCCCGAGACGAUGAACUUCUGAAAAUUGCUGAAACAACGCCGAUGGAUGAAAUUGAGGAAUCGAUUGCGGCGGCGAUUCGAGAUGCUCAACAAAGAAGAGCACGAAAAGCUGAACAGGCGAGAAGCAAGUAUCGACGAAUGACUGAUGAGGAGAAACGGAGAUUUAAUGCAGCUAGGGAUGCACAUAAACGGGGCAAAAAGGAAUCCGAAACUUCACUGCCUCCAGCUCCUCCAACAGACCCAGAACUAUCACAAUCACCACUCGAAGAACCAUCUACGUCAUCACCUGGUGACGUCAUAGAUCCUGAUGACGCGUCAAGCUUCUUCUAUGGAGUAUUUCAUGACCCGUAUGCUCCCGAAUAGAUUUUUCCCCAUUUUUUUUUGUAUAAUUUUCUAUUUGCACAUAUAUAUGUAUAUA